CGCUUAUUGCCCUUGACAAGGUCAAGGUGAGAGUCCAGUAAAAUGGCUGAAAAUUUCCAGCUGUUGACAUUAUUGGGAACGGGUACAUUUGGGGAAGCAUGGAUUGCAAAGUCAAGAAAACAUGAGAUGAAAUGUGUGGUGAAAGUGAUAAACAUUCUCCGAUUAUCUGAACGGGAACUAGAUCAGGCCUUAACCGAAGUGUCCGUUUUGGGACGAAUGCACCAUGUUAAUAUCGUGCGGUAUUUGGACGCCUAUGUUCACGACGGGGCUUUAAAUAUUGCCAUGGAAUAUGCUGAUGGUGGUGAUCUUCAUAAGAAGAUUUGUGACCAAAAAGGAGUUUCCUUCAACAGAGAGGUGAUCAUGGAUUGGUUUGUUCAGAUGUGCAUGGCACUACAGUACAUCCACAAACAGAACAUACUACACAGAGAUCUAAAGUCUCAAAACAUAUUUUUGACCUCGAAAUCCAUUGUUAAAGUUGGAGAUUUUGGAAUAGCUCGAGUACUCAAGGACAGUUCUGAUUUAGCUGUGACGACAAUAGGCACCCCCUUCUACCUCAGCCCAGAAAUAUGCCAGAAAAAGCCCUAUAACCAUAAGAGUGAUAUGUGGGCCCUGGGCUGUGUAUUAUAUGAGAUGUGCUGUCUCUGUGUACCAUUCAAUGCCGAAGACCUCCAGGAACUCAUCCUAAAAAUCCUCCAGGAAAAUUACAAUCCUAUUCCAAGAUUUCUGGGAUCAACCCUGAGUCUUCUGAUUAGAAAGCUCCUAGAUAAAACCCCAGAGAAUCGGCCCUCAGCAGAUUACGUUCUGUCCUUGUCUGCACUUAAACCUUAUAUACAUAAACAUGACCCAAAGAGUAGACAGCUCAGACAACUUCAGUCGAAGGAGCGGCGAUUCAGUCUCCCAAACAUUCCAAGAAAGGACCAGGAGAAAGAAAGGAGAAACAGCAGAGCUUCCGUCGACAAAGAAAAUUUGGACCCAAAGAUGGCAGGAAAGACCUAUUUGGUGAAGAACCCAAAAUUUAAACAACUGGCAAAUACUCCAAAUGUCUCGCAUAUUGUGGCCAAGCAAAGGAAGAGGCAAUCUGACAGUUUAAGUCAGGAGGAGCCCUUUCCAAGAGCAGCUCUGUUCUGCAGAGUGGAAAGAAAUUCAUCCAACACAAACAUUGAAAACAAGCCAACGAUUGAAAGAAAACAUUCCAUUAAAAAUGCUGAUUUACAACCUGAUAACAACAAUAAAGACAAACGUCAGUCUAUUGAUGGAAUACCCAGACAGAAGCUUGAGAAGAGAGAUCAGGAUUCUAGAAGACAACAGAGUGUUGAAUCUAGUGAGAACAUUGGGAAACCCCCAUCUGGUCGGAAAAGUCUGGACUCCAAGCCUCAAAGUCUGCUGGCAUUCCAGAAGGAAGGAGGUAAUAAUUACAGGGGAAAUGUAGCAGAGUCCAGUCAGGUGAAGAAAGGAAGCAGUGAACGGAGAAGCUCUGGAGUACACAGCAGUGAGUGUCAGGGAAAACCCAGAUUUAGAACUCCUAGCAUAGAACCCAGAAUCUCUGACAGAAGACCUACUCCAAUCGGGUCUGAAGGUUCAAGUGUAACCAAAAAACUUUUCUCAAGACACAAAUACCCAGCAUGCCGUGCCAGUAACGAUGAUCCUGACCAAUCAGAAACAGAGAAUGAAGUAUUUGUGGAUCAGGGUGUAGCUGAUAAUGAACUCAGACCUAUAAAUGUUGCUAACAGUCCAAAGAAAGUACGACGGUCUAGUUCCUAUGACUGUGUAUUUGUGGACAAAAAACAGACCCCUAAUGAUGGCUCAAUACCAAGAGCAAAGUCAGCUGGAAGCAUCAAAAGGCAGUCAACAGAUGGAUACACCUACAAUGUCUCAUCUUCUCUAAUGCCUUCUGGGAACAUAGAUAAAGACAAAGGGAAAAUGGACUUUAAUCAGGACUUGUUGAAUAGUGUACCAAAUGUUUUAUAUAAUGCUGUGUGCAGCUUUGUAACAGACAGGGAUAAGGGGACAGAGUUUCUGUCUGCUGUAAUUACCAGGACUUUUGGGAAGAGAGAAGCGGAAAAGUACAUCUCCAAAAUAACCCAGAGUUUGAUUGAACAGAAACCCUUCCAGGAAGUAGAACUGAUCAUUCCAGAAAAUAAGAGGGAGUUCCUUCCCCUCCUCUUAUGUUACAUACAAAUGUCAUAUUGAUGCUGAAUAUUCCCUUAGCUAAAACAGGGAACAAAAUGUGUAGCUAAGUGUUCAUUU